AUGGCGAACAUUGGCAAAGUUUUGGCGACAAUAAAAGCUGUUAUCACGAGGCUUGUUUUUGCUUGUCACGGAAUCAUUGCUAUAUGGCAGGUUACGUUGUUCAAAGACAGCCUGGAGUACUGGUAUUUGGCCUCACCUAUACUUCUGCUGAUAGUGGAAGGAGUCUUUACCCUCACGAUAAAGGAAAACCAGGAGUGGAAAUGGUUCUGUCCGUCUGUCUUCAUUUACUUGGGACUUGUGGUACCAGCGAUAUGGCUACUAGAACUACAUAAAGUUGACCUCAGAUUACAGAAGAAAUCCAACAUUACUAUCACAGAGACAGAGAUCCCCAUCCCUGGAGCUACGAAAAUUCCCACUGAUAUGUGGGUAACACUGAUAGAACAGUUUCUUAUGUUGACGCUAAUAGUUGGACGAUGGCUGCUUCCAAAAGGAGACCUGACAAGGGAUCAGCUUAGCCAAUUGUUGUUAGUAUAUAUAGGUACAGCGGCAGAUAUUAUAGAAUUCUUCGACAGCUUCAAAGACGAGAAGGUUGCGACUGAAAAGGUUCUAGUACUUCUGACGCUGGCUAUUUGGUCUUGGUCCUUGGUCCAAUUCACUGUAGUCCUUACCGCCACCAAGUCGAGGAAAUCCCGUGGAACAGCGAAUAGGUGUGACAUAGGUACCUCCCGAGCGUGUUGUUGUUCUAUCGAGGUGUGUGCUAUCAUCAUGAACAUAGCUCUUCAAGAUGCCCCCUUCCUCGCCUUCAGACUGCUCAUCAUAGCUCACUAUAAGAUAAUUAACUACAUGAACAUAUUCUUCACUUGUAAGAAUACACUGGUGAUUCUGCUUCAAAUCUAUCGCCUGUACGUCCUUCAUCUGGAGACUGUGGAGAACUCAGGUUCCGUUUACAGAAAAGAAAGGAAACAUAAAUCAGAUAGAAAAGAUAGAAAGAAAGAUAAGAAAAGAGAUCAUAAAAAACACAGUGAACAUAAGAAUAAGAAGACUAAAAGACGGACCGAAAAUGAUGAAACUUCAAUCGCGGUUAUAAGCGACCCGAGGAAACAGGAGAGAGUGCAAGGAGGACAAAUCAGAGCCAUCAUUCUUACGAAUUCUGACGAAAUAAAAGAACUGGAACUAUCGAAGUUAUUCAAAGAUCAAGUGAUGGUUGAAAAUGAAAAGAAGAAAAUGUCAAAACGCAAGCAAAAGCCGGCGUCCUCCGAAGAAUCGCCGAACAAACACACAACAGACGAUUCGGGGAUUUGA